CUGUGCUCUCUAAUACUGCACCAAACGAUUAAUGUAAUUUAACAUUAAAUUAAAUAAUUUAAACAACGCGGUGUGUGAAAUGGACUUCACUACACUUUUGGCGGGAAUUGUGUUUUUGACAGACAGCUGACAAAUUAAUUUUCGUUUGUUGUUGUUGUGUGUUGUGAUAAGAUUAAUUUUAAUAGAAAUACAAUGAAAAACACGCCUACAUUAAAAUCACUAAGCAAAGUAGACUCGCCCAAAACCCCAGGUGGCAUUAGCAAGUCCUUAUUGACGCCUUGUCGCAGAGUUGGUCUUUCACGAAAUUGGAGAAAAAGUGGACCGUCACCGUUUAUUUCUCCUCUUGCCGGCAAUGCUGAAGUUAAGGUUGAAAAAAUCGAGCCCAGGAAGAGAAAAAAGCGUCACGAUGACGAAGAAUUGGCAAGUGGAUCGUCUGAUACAACGGUUUCAAAAGAUGUCCACAUAGAUGAAGAUCAUUCGUCAAAUAUCGAAGAUAUUGAGACAACACCUUCAAGAAAUGUCAGCACUCCCCAGAGAAAGAAAUCCAAGACACUCCUUGCAUCUAGAAUAGUUAACAAAGAGAGUAGUGAUGUCGAAUCGCUGAAAGUAACAAAUGAAUUUGUGAAUAAUGCAGAUACUACCAGUAUAGAAGAAUGUACAAAUACGAAAAUUAUUGAAGACACUAAAAAAGACCUAACAGAUGUUGUUACUCCAGUUCGUUCCAAGUCAAAAGGUAAAAUAAGCAGAAUUAAACCUACUGUUCAAGAAACUGUUAAAGUUGUUGAUUCCAAAGAAAAUGUUUGUGUAAAUGAAAAUAUUUCAAAUGAACUGAGUAAAAAUACUAAACAGAAAAGCCCUGAAAACCUCACUAAGGAAUGUAUAGUUGUUAUUCAGAAGAAGAUUUUUAAGAAAGAUAUUAAAUCUAUUGAGAAAGACAAACCAAAACAAGAAACUGCAAUACCAAAGUCUAAUCCUGUGAACCCAAUAUCACAGAUAUUAUUUGAUUCAGACUCUGAUGAUGUGCCUUUAGUUGCUUUGAAUAAAAACGAAAUAAAAGAAGAAAAAAGUAAAAAUGUGAUUCCUGUAGAUGACGAUGAUGACUUUGAUAAUACAUGUAAAAUUAAAGUGAAAAAACUAGUUGAUAAGACCACAUCUAUUGGAGGACUUAGAGCUGAUUCAAGUAAAAAGAAAUGUAAAGAAAAACAGAAAGCAACAUCAUCAAAAUGCAAAGAAAUCGAACCUAAAGUAUGUACAGAAUCGAAACCAUCAUCACAGAGCUCUUUUGAUGAUGAUGAUUUUGUUACUGAUAAUAGACGAACAAUUCUGAUUCGGAAAUCUUAUGAUAAAGUGACCAAACCUUCUAAAGCAAAAUCUACAGGGUCUAUAACACUUAAAGAUAUUGAGGACCUGAAAGAUAGGAUUGAAGUAAAGAAAAAAUUACUUUUAGCUAAAGCAACUGAAGACUCAAAAGAAUUAAGAGAUUUGAUCAAAAAAUGGCAAAAAGGAUGCCAGGAUGCUUUGAUGGAAUUAAUGGAACUGAUGAAAAACAAGUUUCCAGAUAAACAGAACAUGGAUUACGCAGAAAUACUCCAGACUUUGAAGAUACCAUCCUCAUUGGUGGGCUAUGAUGAAGAUAAUGAUUGUUUCAAUACUCCUACAGAUGAAAAUAUAAUUCUAUCUAAAUUUAAUACAUAACUUUUAAUGAAAUAAAUGUUACUUGUUACAAAAUAACCUUU